AUGGCAAAGGCAUUGCGGUUGAUUUUCCUCCUUGCAUCACAUCUCUUGGUCUCUGUGAUGUCGAGGACCUUUACCAUAGAGAACAAAUGUGAAUACACUAUAUGGCCUGCAAGCUACGACUACUCGGGAUCGCUUGACACAACCGGUAUCGUUCUUGAGAUGGGAGAGACACGUACCAUAAAUGCAUCGUCUUCAUGGAUAGGUCGUGUCUGGGGUAGGUCGCUCUGUUCCACCAACUUAACAGGAGCUUUCUUAUGCGCCACAGGAGACUGCAGCUCCGGCGAUAUUGAAUGCCUCGGUAACGCCACACAACCGACUACUGUGGCCGAGUUUAACCUCGACUCUGACGGUGGUUUAGACUAUUAUGACGUCAGCGUUAUCGAUGGUUACAACCUUCCUUUGCUUGUGACCCCGGAGAACGAAAAGUGUAGAAGUAUCGGGUGCGAUGUUGAUAUGAACAAGACGUGUCCAUCGGAGCUGAUGAUGAACAUUAGCAGCAGCCCCGGAUCGAACCAUCCAAUCGCUUGCAGGACCACAUGCCAGAAAGACCAGUUGCCGGAUCAAUGUUGUGUCGGACUCUACGUUGAAAAUGCCGUACCACCGGAAAAAUGCAAACGGACAAUCUACUCAAAGUCUUUCAACGAAGCGUGUCCAGGGGCUUAUAGCUACGCUUACGACACUAAUAUUAGCACCUUCACAUGUUCUUACUCCUCUAACUUUGCCAUCACGUUUUGCCCGUCUAAUCGCGAUAAAACCAGCAGGAGCCCAACGGCUGAGCCUCCAUUAGGACCUCAUACAAACAAUGGAGCUGUUGUAGCUCCCUCGGUGUCUCCACCCUCUAAGGAAACUGGAGCAGGAGCUGAACGAAAAUCUAUGCCCAAGUUGAAAAUCAUACUCGGAGUUUUAUCAGCUUUAGCUAUGAUUAUCAUUAUUGCGAUUGUGGUAAAGGUGAGAGCAAAUAAUAUGAGAAAGAGUGAUCGGAAUGAGAAGAACAUCGAAGCAGUUGUAAUGUUAAAACGAUUUAGUUAUGUACAAGUCAAGAAGAUGACAAAAUCAUUCGCGGAUGUUCUUGGGAAAGGAGGAUUUGGAAUUGUCUAUAAAGGGAAGUUACCUGAUGGCACCCGAGAUGUUGCGGUGAAGAUCUUGAAGGACUCAAACGAGAAUGGGGAAGAGUUCAUCAAUGAAGUAGCUAGCAUGAGUAGAACAUCUCAUGUUAACAUUGUUCCUCUUCUUGGAUUUUGCUAUGAAGGAAACAAGAAAGCUAUAAUAUAUGAGUUCAUGCCAAAUGGAUCCCUCGACAAAUUCAUCUCUGCGAAGAUGUCAACGAAGAUGGAAUGGAAAACGUUGUACAACAUUGCGGUAGGUGUUUCUCGUGGACUAGAAUACUUGCACAACCGUUGUGUAUCGAGGAUUGUACAUUUCGAUAUAAAGCCGCAGAACAUACUCAUUGAUGGAGAGUUUUCCCCCAAGAUUUCAGAUUUUGGCCUUGCUAAGCUAUGCAAAAAUAAUGAAAGCAUUAUGUCAAUGCUAGAUGCGAGAGGCACGGCAGGGUACAUUGCCCCAGAAGUGUUUUCCAAGAAUUAUGGUGGAGUUUCUCAUAAGUCAGAUGUGUAUAGUUAUGGAAUGGUGGUUCUUGAGAUGAUUGGAGCAAAGAAGAUAGAAAGAGCUCAAAAUGGUGGAUCCAACAAAAAUUCAAUGUAUUUUCCGGAUUGGAUUUAUAAAGAUCUCGAGAAGGGAGAAAUCAUGAGUUUUUUCGCAGAUAAAAUAACUGAAGAAGAAGAUGAGAAGAUAGUAAAGAAAAUGGUAUUGGUGGGUUUGUGGUGUAUUCAAACCAAUCCAUUUGAUCGUCCACCAAUGAUCAAAGUCGUUGAAAUGUUAGAAGGAAGUCUAGAGGCUCUGGAGAUUCCACCUAAGCCUAUAUUAUGUUUACCUGCAAUAAAAAUUCAAAGUGAUGGUGAGAUUCAAGAGACUUCAAGCUUCUCGAAACGAGGUGAAGAUACUUCACAUUAUUCCGAAGAAGUUCAAGAUAUUGCAGAAGAGAAUCAAGAUAGCUCAAGAUCUUACUACACCAAAGCCGGCAAGUAA